GCAGGCCGGGCCCUGCCAGCUCCUCCUCCUUCCCCGGCCACCUGUGACGACGGGGAGCAGGAUCUUGCCGCAGGGCCCUGAAGGCAGACGAGGACGUCACCGUCUGCGCCUCGGGGAUGGUAGCCCGGGGUCAGGGUGGAGUUGCCGUCCCUGGCCGCCCUGUGCUGUUGGCGUUGAGGCUUCCUGAGGCCGAGGACAGAGGGCAGCCGGGCAUGAGAAGCCAAACAGAGCCCCGUGCGGGUCACAGGUGCGAAUGGAGCAGCCCGAGCCCCGGCGUCUGUGUGCGCCUGAGCCUAAACGCAACCCCGGGAGGCAGGCAGAGGCAGCCCGCGAACACUGGCCUCGGCUUCCAGUCCUCAGACGCUUCUCUUCCUAUUUUCCUUUUGUUCAGGAGCUUGAACCCAGGACCUUGCACGUACUAUUUUUCAUACAGCAGUAGUCCUCACAAAGGAUUUGUGUUUUGUUUCGGUUUUUGCAGUGCUGGGGAUGGAAGCCAGGGCCUCAUACAUGCUAGAGAGCAAUGCUAAGAGCACGGACUCUAGCCAGGCACAGCGUCAAGCACCUGAGUGCCAGCUACACAGGAGGCUGAGGCAGGAGAAUUGCUGGAGCCCAGGAAUUCAAGGCCAGCACAGGGAGAUCUCAUCUCAAAAAAGAAAAGAAAACCAUGAACUUUGAGGUUUAAAUCCCAGCCCUAACCCUGGCUGUGACCUCCGGUGAGUUAAUGCCUACAUCCUGUCUGUGGAGUGUGGAGCGUCAACACGGCCGCCAGCGAGGUGUAAGGGAGGAGAAACAGCUUCUCCCAGUGCGCCGUGCAGUGUGAAAGCUGGAAACUGAACCCAUAGCCCUGGAAUACUGGCCACAUGCUACACCACUAAGGUGGUGCCCUGCCCACAUUUGUUACAUGAAAAUGAGCUAAGAAGCUGGGCAUGGUGGCACAUGCCUCUAAUCCCAGCAGUCAAGGAGGCUGAGGCAGGAGGAUGGCCGAGAGUUCAAGACCAGCCUGAACAGCAAAGUAAGACCUUCUCAGGAAAAAAACAAAAAAAGAGCUACAAGAUAAAAGUGAGCUCAUCAGCACUGCAAAACAAAAAUUAAAAAUAAAAAGGAGGUCACUAUGUAUCAAUAUAAACUGUAUUUUUAGUGCAACUAUAUUCUGCAGAACAAGAAUAGUUCCACAUUUCUGCAGAUCUGAUACUUGGUCUAACAGAGACAGAUGGAUUUGGAUUUCUCCUUCUGCAUGUCCACUGAACAUGCACAGGAAAAUGAAGGGGCACAUGGAAGACAAUUUCUCAGUAUUCUUGUAAAAAGAGUUUGACUUCAUGGAAUCUUCCUGGGCAGGCCCCCAAACUACUUCAGGAACCUUGAGCUACAUUAUGAUGUGGUAACAAAUGGCCUCAAACCUCAGGAGUUUACAAGGAAGGUUUGUUUUUCACCCAUGGCUCUGGUCCAUGUGGGCUUUACUGAGGAACUGGGCUGAGGCGGCCCCUCUACUGGGAUGUCCUGUUCAUCGAAAUGAGGGAGGAAAUGGUGACCAGCCUUUCACGCAUCUGCUAGGAAGUAAUGUGUCACUUUUCCCCCUUUCCGUGAGCCAAGCAAUUGCCAUGGCCAUGCCUUAGGGCAUCAGGGCUGGAACUGACUAUUCUCAGGAAGGCUCUCUGGGAGGGGCCCCAUGGACAUGUGCUACAUACACCUCCACCCUGUGGUUUAAAAGUCUUACUCCCUGGGGUGUUGCACAGCUGCUACCCAGUGGCUUGGGAGGCAAGUUCGAACACACCCCAGACAACCUAAGGAGAUUAUCUCAAAUUUUUAAAAACUGGAAAAGGGGCUGAGGAUGUGGCUUCGUGGUACAAUGCAUAGCACCUGUGAGGCCUGGUUCGUUCCUGGUGUGCACCUCACAGGACCGAGAAGGAGUGAGGAUGCUCAUCUGGUUUAGUCCAGUCUGGUCAUCAGAUAAGCCUGCCCACCUGGCCCAGGUGAGCUUUGUCAUCCCAGCCUUCAACUCCAACUUCACCCUGGACCUGGAGCUGAACCAUCACCUCCUGUCCUCUCAGUAUGUGGAGCGACACUUCAGCCGGGAAGGGACACCUCAGCACAGCACCGGCGCCGGAGACCACUGCUACUACCACGGCAAGCUCAGGGGCAACCCCCGCUCCUUCGCGGCGCUGUCCACCUGCCGGGGGCUGCACGGCGUCUUCUCCGACGGGGACUCGACCUACCUCGUGGAGCCCCAGGAGCUGGCCGGGCCUCGGGGCCUCGCCCAGGGACCUCUCCCCCACCUCGUCUACCGGACCCCUCUUCUCCCAGCCCCCCUCGGAUGCAGGGAGCCAGGCUGCCUGUUUGCCGCCCGCUCCGUCCCUCCGAGCCGGCCGAGGCUGAGAAGGAAAAGGCAGGUCCGCAGGGGCCACCCCACAGUCCACAGCGAGACCAAAUACGUGGAGCUCAUCGUGAUCAACGACCACCAGCUGUUUGAGCAGAUGCGGCAGUCGGUGGUCCUCACCAGCAACUUCGCCAAGUCCGUGGUGAACCUGGCAGACGUGAUCUACAAGGAGCAGCUCAACACCCGCAUUGUGCUGGUCGCCAUGGAAACAUGGGCCGACGGGGACAAGAUCCAGGUGCAGGACGACCUCCUGGAGACCCUGGCCCGGCUCAUGGUCUACCGGCAGGAGGGUCUACCCGAGCCCAGCGAUGCUACCCACCUCUUCUCGGGCCGCACCUUCCAGAGCUCCAGCAGCGGGGCGGCCUACGUGGGGGGCAUCUGCUCGCUGAACCGGGGAGGCGGUGUCAAUGAGUACGGCAAUAUGGGGGCCAUGGCCGUGACGCUGGCACAGACGCUGGGCCAGAACCUGGGUAUGAUGUGGAACCGGCACCGGAGCGCGGCGGGGGACUGCAGGUGUCCCGACGUGUGGCUGGGCUGCAUUAUGGAGGACACGGGGUUCUACCUGCCCCGCAAGUUCUCGCGCUGCAGCAUCGACGAGUACACGCAGUUCCUGCAGGAGGGCGGCGGAAGCUGCCUCUUCAACAAGCCGCUCAAGCUCCUGGACCCGCCCGAGUGCGGGAACGGCUUCGUGGAGGCGGGGGAGGAGUGCGACUGCGGCUCGGUGCAGGAGUGCGGCCGGGCCGGCGGCAACUGCUGCAAGAAGUGCACGCUGACGCACGACGCCAUGUGCAGCGACGGGCUGUGCUGCCGUCGCUGCAAGUACGAGCCCCGGGGCGUCUCCUGCCGCGAGGCGGUGAAUGAGUGCGACAUCGCUGAGACCUGCACCGGGGACUCGAGCCAGUGUCCUCCGAACCUGCACAAGCUGGACGGCUACGCCUGUGACCGCGAGCAGGGUCGCUGCUACGGAGGCCGCUGCAGAACCCGGGACCGGCAGUGCCAGGCCCUGUGGGGCCGUGCGGCCGCCGAUCGCUUCUGCUACGAGAAGCUGAACGUGGAGGGCACGGAGCGCGGGAACUGUGGCCGCAAGGGCUCCGGCUGGGUGCAGUGCAACAAGCAGGACGUGCUGUGCGGCUUCCUCCUCUGCGUCAACAUCUCCGGGGCUCCUCGGCUGGGCGACCUGGGUGGCGACAUCAGCAGCGUCACCUUCUACCACCAGGGCAAGGAGCUGGACUGCAGGGGCGGCCACGUGCAGCUGGCCGACGGCUCGGACCUGAGCUACGUGGAGGACGGCACGGCCUGCGGGCCCAACAUGCUGUGCCUGGGCCACCGCUGCCUGCCAGCCUCGGCUUUCAACUUCAGCACCUGCCCGGGCAGCGGGGAGCGCCGGGUCUGCUCCCACCACGGGGUCUGCAGCAAUGAGGGGAAGUGCAUCUGCCAGCCCGACUGGACCGGCAAGGACUGCAGUGUCCACAACCCCCUGCCCACAUCCCCGCCCACUGGGGAGACGGAGCGGUACAAAGGUCCCAGUGGCACCAACAUCAUCAUCGGCUCCAUCGCUGGGGCCGUCCUGGUCGCAGCCAUCGUUCUGGGUGGCACAGGCUGGGGCUUCAAGCCUCCGGCAGUGGGGACGGAGGGUGACACCUCCUUUGAUCUCUCCCUCCGCUUCCUCUCCUGGCACCGGCAGAAACAUCCGCCGAGGAAGGUCCGGAGGGGCCUAAGCGACACCCUCCCCACACCUGGCGCCACCGUCGCCACCAGGGUGGCGCCAUCACGUGUCUUCCAGGUCCCCCUCUGCUCUGGUGCGCAGAGCGGCAUGGCGAUGUCCUCCUGCCGUGGUGGCCGGGCCUGGGGGACUCCUGGCCACCUCCUACGGCUUCGGCCUUGCGCACGCCUGCUGUGUGAAUGUAGCUUCUGCCACCGCGCCACGGCCCUGCUCUGGACAGGGAGAGGCACCUCCCUUUUUCUCACUGAUCUUAACUGAUGAAUGUAACGGGCGCUGCGGCGGGGGGGGCGGCAUUCACAAGAGGGCCUGGUGCCCGGUCCUGACCCUGGGCCACUCACCUGGCACCCAGGCCUGACUGGGAACACAGCUUGGUGCCUACCCCUGCCCCAGGGGGCUGGUGCCACUCCUGCCCGCCCUCGGCCCGCACAGCCCAGAGGCCCCGCCAGGGGUGCAUCAAUUCCGACAGCCGUCCCUGCCAGGGUGCAUGCGUUUGGGGGGGUCCCUCAAAUAAAAUGGCACCUCCCAUCCAAGAAGGGUGACUCCAAGCUGACCCAGGGUCCAGUGUUCAGGGCAGGCCGGCUCCCAGGGAGAACUCUAGUCAGAAGAACAAAGGUGGCUGGGCUGGGGGAGAGGCCCAGACAGGUCUCAUGGAUGACCCUAGGGUCCAGGGAAGGCCUCCCGGCCACCAGACCCGUUCCCCUUGCUGCCCCUAUCUGGGUCCCUCCCCUCACCCAAGUCCCUGCACCCUCCCCGGGAGGAGCCGGCUUGGGGGUGUAGCUGCCCAGGGACCGACCACAGUGAACACCACGCCACCAGGGUUUCCUGCUCCCCGGUUGCCUUGGGAUUCUGGGGCCUCUGAGGAGGUAGUGUGGAGGAGAUGGGCCUAGGACCAGGGGGGCUGUAGGGCAUGGGCUGCAGUGGGGACCCCAGGACUGAGCCCCAGUGGGCACUGCCCCACCAGGAGCCUAGCAGAGCCCUGAGUCUGGCCCAUGGUGGGGACAGGGAGGACAUAGACUUCCUGUGCCACCCACCCUGGCUCCCAGCUGUCUGCAUCCAGUCUGCCUGGCAGUGCCUGGGAGGCGUGGGGCCGCAGUGCUGCUGGAGUCCUGUACAGAUGUCAUCGGGCUGGGCACCGAUUAAAGAUCCCAUCCAGGCUCCGAGGAGCCCACAUGC